AUGCUCGACAAGCUGCCUUAUGAGAUCCUUCAUCUGGUCCUCCAAGACCUUGCGACCACACCGGAAUUGAUCCACUAUAACAAUGCUGAGGAGUAUGCAUAUCAUCUCAGUAAUUGGGACACCUUUGCUCAGCUAUGCAAAGUCUCGCGACGGAUGAAAAGUGUAGCCGAACCUUUACUUUACCGAAGCUAUGCGAAGCUUGACUCUACCUCGAUUCCUCUCGCACAUUACUCGCUUCGCAAGUUUCUCAUGACAGUGCUUAGGCGGCCGGAGCUCUUGCAAUGUAUUCGAUCGUUGUAUAUCGGUGCUUGGAAUCACUAUACUAGCAAGAAAUUACAGUAUGGUACAAAGAGCAUGUCCGCCGCUUGCAAAGCUCGAGUCUGUGAUGUACACUUCUCGCUCGAACUGCACAGUCUUUACGACAAACACGCCAGAACGUCGGUCCUCGGUGAUUCCUGGAAGAAGGCUCUUGAUGCUGGUGAAGAAGCCGCUGAGAUUGCGUUGCUCAUGAGCCUCGCUCCCAAUCUGGAACGGAUCGAGUUCUCCAUGCCGCAUUUUAACCUCGAAGCGGAAACUGCUCCCACAUACUUCUGGCCAAGCUUGCUCGUGACUUCCGCGGAAUGGGAUCCCUCAAAACAUUUCCAUCGAUUGGAGUCUGUGAUGCUACACAAGAGGAACUUGAGGACUGGUAGACGACGGCCUUAUGAUUCUGGCUAUGAGAUUGAUCCCUUCUUGCCCUUUAUCAGCCUGGCGAAGAUGAAAACUUUCUACAAUGAUGGAGACGGCUGCGGCUACUACCGUACACGUUCUGAAAGUUGUCCGAUCGACGAACAAGAAAUAUAUCUCAAUGAACUGACACUCGGCGGCACGUAUAUCGACCCAUUGAAGCUGAUGCGGAUUCUCAAACUUUGUACCAAAUUGGAGGCGUUCGACUGCGACUUCCAGCUAGAACAAUCGUUCGUUCCGGACUUCUCUUGGAAUACUGUCGGAGAGGCUUUGAGCAGCAGCCGUCACACUCUCGAAGAGCUCACGUUGAAUGCCGACAUCAGGUCUCAGUUAGCGACAGAGGACAGCACCGCCUCAGAGGGAACCUGUGUUUCGAUUGGCUCGCUUCGACAUUUUACCUCGCUCAAGAAGCUUGAUGUUCUACAAACCACUCUCCUUGGGUUUGAGAACAUGAUUGACGAUAUCAACCUAGUUGUGCCUGCACUGCCCUUCGAUGAGAUGUUGCCGGGCAGUCUUGAGAGUCUCACAAUUGAUAUGUGUACUUUGACACUCGUACCCUAUUUGGAAGGCAUGUUAGCCAAAGUUCAGGUCAAGUUCCCACACCUCCAGGAGAUACAGCUCAGUGUCCUUGAUCUCAGGGAAUUCGAUAUGGAUCACUACCCCGAGGAUCAGCACGAGACUCUGAUCAAAGAACGAAAAGAUCGUGUUGAACGUCUGAAGCAAGGCUUCAUCGAGGCAGGUGUCGAGUGGAUAGACUGA